AUGUCCCAAAACUCUCGUGAUAUAUUCAAAACUCUCUCUGUUAGCAAUACUUUGCCUGAACUGAAAACGGUUAAGGUGCCUCAAGCAACUAACAACAAGAACAAAAUAGCUUCUACAAAGGUGUCCACGAAGAACCAAGCCCGUUGCAAGACUCCGUUAAAAGGAAGCAAGUUACCGGAGAAAGAAUCUCAACAAGUUAAGGACCCUAUCUCAAUGAAAAAGAGGAUUCACACAAAGGAAGUAAAACCCCCUGAACCGAAGGAUCAUGUUAUGACGAGUAAUACUGCAGCCGAUACUAUGCUGCUGGAUUAUACUGAAGGAAACAUGUGA